AUGAUCCGCCCGCUCGGCGGCACCAUGCCUUUCCCGCCGGUGCCGCCGCCCCCAGCCCCGGCCCCGCGGGUCCCCGCCGCGCGCCCGCUGCCCGGGAGGCCCUGCGCGCCGCCUUCGUCCUCGCCGCCCGCCGCCGCCGCGGGGGAGAAGAAGAGGAGGCCCCCCGAGAGGCCGGAGGUGCUCCUCUCCAGCUCCUGGCCCUCCGCCACCCUGAAGAGGCCUCCCGCCCGGCGCGGCCCGGGCCCCGGCAGGACGCAGCCGCCGACCCCUGCGCGCGCCCCUCUCCAGGCCUCGCCCGGCCGCGCGGGGACGCCGGCCACCGGCGCCACGCCCCGGCUCGUCGGCUCCGGCACCGGCCCGGCGGGGGCCACCUUCACGGGGGCGGUGGCCGGGCCCGACGACGGCAUGCGCUUUUCCUUGAGCCUCACCCCCGAGGCCAUCCUGGUCAUCCAGAGGCGCCACCUGGAGAAGCAGCUGUUGGCUCGGCCCCGCAGACCCUUCCCCUCGCCCUCGGCCGACCCUAGACGCCCCCUCGCCCCGGGCCCCCGGGCCAGGGCCACCGGCCUGCGGAGGGGCGGCGCCACCAGCGGUCCCGACGCGCCCCCAGCCGCGGGCCCUGGGCGCCGCACGCCGCCCCGCGCCCCGCUGCUGCCUGGCGGUCUACAGACCCCGGUGCCCGGCCCUCGACCCGCGGACCUGCGCCCGGUGCUUAAGGUAUCGCUGCUCAACGAGCGGCACAAGUAUGACGAUGUGGAGUACGAGGAGGAGACCGAGGUGGUGGAUGAGGGUCUGGUGCGCAAAUGCACCGAGUGGCUGCGUGGUGUGGAGUCUGCGGCUGCUGCGCGGGACCGCACAGGGCGCCUGGACACGCUGCCGCACCUGAGCACGCUGUGA